AUGCCCUCCAAGCACUCCGCUAUCCUCCUCCUCCUCCUCCCAGCUCUCGCCCAUGCUGCUCUUCCUGUCCAACAGCAUGAUACAAAGUCCAGCCAUGCUGCCCCGGCCCAACAUGCCCACAACUUCCUGGAUCUGGUCAAGACCAGGGUCGGGCAGCUCUCGUCCUCCCUCUCGGACCUCCCGCACUCCCUCAAGGUCCACGUGGCCAAGCACAAGGCCGACGCGUCGAGGCAGCAGCGCGCCAAGACCCGCAGCAUGUCGGGAGACCCUUGCGACUCGUGGAGCAACCCGCUCGUCAUGGAGAUAUCCUCCUCCAUGACCAACUGCCCCAUGCUUGACUUCUUCGAUGCGAGCUCGAGGGCGUCUGGGUGUGAGUGCAUGUCGGGGAUGCUUGACAUGGUUGGGAGCCUGUCGGAGGCAGACCUGAGCUCGCUCAUGGCUUGUCCGAUGAUCAACAUCUCCAUCACAACAUGGAACAUGACUUGUCGCGACAAUCAGUUUGCGGCUUGUUUGGACCAACUCAGCAACGUCGAGUCUCCGCAAGCUGCCAUGGAGGUGAUAUGCAGCGACUGCGUGCGAAUGAUGUACCAGAUGACGACUACGAUGAUGAUGAUGAUAAGCGGGGAGGGAGAAAUGAGCAUGCCCGCGUCGUCCAACGAGGAUCAAGUGAUGAACAACGUGAUGGGGCUUUGCGACCAAUGCACUCCUGCAGCUGUCUUGGAGGCCAUGACCGGGUCCUCGAGUGACUACCAGGCAAGGGCAAGCCUGCUCUGCUCGUCCUGCGGGAUGAAGGUGAUGCAAGCGGUUGCGCUUGUCGAGCCAGACAGUUGGAUGAGCAUGAUUGCGAGCGCAGGCUGCUACACAGAUCAAGGCUCUUACUGUGCGGAGCGAUACAUGAACGAGGCUGAGUUUGCGCCAAAGUGGAGUACCGUUCUUUCUGCAUGUGGCCUUCCCGCCGACCCGAUGUCCGUGACGGACUACACCUACAUGGGCUUCAUGGGACUUGCUUGCUCGAUGGAAUGCCAGGAGGCGCUGGCGUCGUACCAGUCGUACGUGGGCUGCUGCCUCAAUGGGUUGGGAGACGCUAUGCCGUGGCAGUUUCAGACCAUCUGGCAGAACAUCACCGACACCUGCUAUGCAAACAACAUGCAGGACAGCAACAGCACCAUGACUCCUCCUCCUUCCUGCGACAUGUACUCCACCUACCCAAUUGAGAAGUACGCUGUCAUUGCCUUUGAGAAUCUCUCCCCGGAUCACUUCAUGUACGGCAUGUACGACAUGUACGGCAUGUCGUGGUAUGGCGGCAACGACUUCUUCAACUCGGCCGUCAUGGACUUUGUCACGAGCUUCCCGGCUACCUACAACGGAACGUAUCUGCACUACUGGACAUAUCAGUACCCCUUGACGACUCUCCACCUGCACGUCAAGGUCUUGUCAGCCGAGCAUGACGCCAUGCUGACCGCCGAGCUGUCGCCGUAUGUAGACAACAAGUUCUCCAUCCUCCAGGCAAGCAGGCGAGGAGCUGGGGCUGUGCUGGGGCUGAUGAGAGGCUGGACUGAGAUGUACAGCGACAUGAAGGUCAUAUCGACCGCGCCCAUGCCCCUGUACAUGCUGAACGACUAUUGGAACCCUGGGUGCUAUGCCGGGAGCAGCUGGAAGAACAUCAGCCGGGACCCCCUCAAGACCUUUAUCACCGGGGGGCUGGGCAAGCAGAUGUUGCCGUACAAGAAGGAGGUGUGGAUGUGCUUGCAAGGACAAGGCACCUGCGGAUGGUUCAACGACGCCUACUGCUAUGUGUACGACGAGAGCUGGUGGGUCAGCGAGGGAGGAGGAGGAGGGGAAGGAGGAAGAGGAGGGGAAGGAGGAAGAGGAGGGGUGGAGGGGGAGGGGGAGGGGGCGGAGAAGGAGGACGGUGAAACUGACGGGUGUGGGACGAGCAGGAGCGCCUUCAUACCAUGGGACUACCAGACGAAUCUGGGCAUUGUGGGAUGA